GAAGAAGAUCCAAGGAGACUGAGGUAAGCAGUCUUCUGCGUCCCUGUUCCAGUGGAAACAAUAGAUCAAAAGGUGUUCUUGGUGACUGGGGCAAGUAGGUUUUACUUUUUCUCAUAAGAGGUUUGACAGCAUCAAGUAAAAACAAAUUAUUUUAGUGAAAGUUUUUUUUUUUUUUUCCUUGUAACUGAUUUUUUUUUUUUUUUUUAGCAAACUUCAGACCCAGACCCAGGACUCAGCGGUAUAUUCCUGGAAAGCAAGGUGCUACAAUGGCGGCCAGGCUCUCCUUCAUCAUCUGGGUGUUGUUCGUAACAGAUACUGUGUGGACUCGAAGUGUGAGACAGGUGUAUGAGGUACACGAUCCAGAGGAUUGGAGCGUUCAUCAUGACUUCGACUGUCCCACGGAGUGUUUCUGUCCCCCCAGCUUCCCUACUGCCUUAUAUUGUGAAAAUAGAGGCCUCAAGGAAAUUCCGGCUAUUCCUUCAAGGAUCUGGUACCUUUAUCUUGAAAACAACCUGAUAGAGACCAUUCCUGAGAAGCCAUUCGAGAACGCCACCCAGCUGAGAUGGAUAAAUCUUAACAAGAAUAAAAUAACCAACUAUGGCAUUGAGAAAGGAGCCUUAAGCCAGCUGAAGAAGCUACUGUUCUUAUUUCUAGAAGAUAAUGAGCUAGAGGAGGUGCCGUCUCCAUUGCCAAGAAGUUUAGAGCAAUUACAAUUAGCUAGAAAUAAGGUGUCCAGAAUUCCUCAAGGGACCUUCAGCAAUCUGGAGAACCUGACCCUUCUUGAUCUGCAGCACAAUAAACUAGUAGACAACGCCUUUCAAAGAGACACCUUUAAGGGCCUCAAGAACCUGAUGCAGCUAAACAUGGCCAAGAACGCCCUGAGGAAUAUGCCCCCGAGACUGCCAGCCAACACAAUGCAACUGUUUUUAGACAACAAUUCCAUUGAAGGAAUACCAGAAAACUAUUUUAACGUGAUUCCUAAGGUGGCCUUUCUGAGACUCAACCACAACAAAUUAUCAGAUGCAGGUCUCCCAGCAAGUGGCUUUGAUGUGUCCUCAAUUCUAGAUCUCCAACUAUCUUACAAUCAGCUCACAAAGGUUCCCCGAAUCAACGCCCACCUGCAGCAUCUUCACCUUGAUCAUAACAAAAUUCAAAGUGUCAAUGUCUCGGUCAUAUGUCCCGCCUCCUUCACUCUACCUGCUGAGCAAGACUCCUUCAGCUAUGGACCGCGCCUCAGCUACCUGCGCCUGGAUGGAAACGAAAUCAAAGCCCCCAUCCCCAUGGAUUUAAUGACCUGCUUCAGGCUCCUUCAAGCUGUCAUUAUCUAA